AUGCCUGCUCAACGCCCCCGCGCAUCGUUCGAACCCAUCGCUCCUGACUUUGACUUGAAGGCCUUGGUCGAGUCAACGCCGAACUUCAGCUAUGUCGACCGUAUUUCAUGCGACAUGAUCGAUCAGCAGGGCAUGCAGGCAUUUGAGAAGCUAGUCACCUUGCAUGUGAUCAUUGGUGGGAAGCCUCUGGUCAUCGACGGAUUCGAAGAUAGGCUCGAUCCGUGGACAUUCUCGCCGAAAUGGCUGCGCGACAACUGUGGAGAACAAGUCGAGAGUGCUCGAAAUCUCACCGCAAAGGACAACAUCCCGUUGACAACGGCUCACUAUCUGAACAACAUGGGCUUGCUCACAAACCAGUUCUUCGACAAACCUGGAGCGUACCGAGAGAAAGGACGCCAGAGAGUUUACCUAAAAGACAUCGACUGUCAUGAUGUUUGGUGGGACAAACUGAAGGACCACCUGCCACCCGCUGUGACCUACCUCAACGACAGCACGGGCGAGGUUGGAGGGCCCGGUGCUGUACCGGACACUACCGGCGCUGUUCCAGGCAGAAGGCUUGGGAAGGGCAUCGCAAGAGCUGGAGAUCUAAUGAGCUCGCUUCCACCGGACAUGCGCGCACAGAACCUGAUGUGUUAUAUUGGACAUGAAGGUACAUAUACACCAGCGCAUCGAGAAAUGUGUGCGUCACUGGGUCAGAACAUUAUGGUGGAGGCUUCGAACACCGUGUCAGAUGACGGCAAAGCUGAGAAGCCGGGUUCAUCAAUCUGGUUCAUGACGGAAUCCAAGGAUCGACACUUGGUCUCUGAGUACUGGCUCAGCGUCCUUGGUCAUGACAUUGAAGUUGAAAACCAUUUCGCACAGGUUGUCGCCUGGAAGAAGGCGAACUUCAAUGUAUACGUUGUCGAGCAACGCCCCGGUGAUUUCAUCUUGAUUCCACCACUGGCACCUCAUCAGGUCUGGAACCGCGGCACACGGACAAUGAAAGUUGCGUGGAACCGCACGACGGUUGAGACAUUGGAGAUGGCAAUAAACGAAGCUCUUCCGCGUCAGCGCAUUGUGUGCCGUGAUGAGCAAUACAAGAACAAGGCUAUCAUCUACUACACCCUGCAAAAGUACGCUUCGUUGCUCACUCAGGCCCUUACACAGGCGCAACGCAUGCCACAGCACGAUGCUCAGCAGUUGCUCUACAGCGACAAGCUCAAGCAGCUGCGCAAGGAUUUCAAGCGUCUGUUCGCGAUGUACAAGCAAAUGCUUCUCGCCGAGAUGUUCAGUCCUGACGAUCGAGAUGCGCCCAAGUCACUGGAAUAUGUGCCAUUCGACUCGAACGUCACCUGCGCCUAUUGCCGAGGAAAUAUCUUCAACCGUUUCCUUACCUGCCCAACAUGCAAGGAUCUACUUGGUCACAACGCCGAGGAUGACGAUGGUGAUCCGUACGACGUCUGCAUGGACUGCUACGCUAUGGGACGGUCGUGCGCUUGCCUAAGUGGUCUCAGAUGGGUUGAGCAAUUCCGUUGGAAGGAGCUGGCAACCAAGUACGAGAAUUGGCGGAGACUCAUCAUCCAACUUGAUCAAGGACCAAACGAAAAGACGCCGCUGCCUCUUCUUGAGGAGAAGAAGAAGUACGGGAAGAAGACGCUCACUGAAGUGGUCAAAGAACAGCUCAAGCGCCGCCCCUUCAAAGACGUCAAGAAGCCGGCCGACGAACCCAAGGAUGACGAGGAGUCUGACGAGGAGAUCGUUGUUGGUGACGAUGGCACAGUCAAGAAAAUUACAAAGAAGAAGUCCAAAGCUUGGCUGAAGAAUAAUCAACCAUGCCACGUGUGCUGCCAUCGUCAUCCAACUUGGAAGAUGGCCAAGUGCACGACAUGCGAGCGGUCCUGGUGCUAUGGCUCUCUGUUUCGAGGAUGGGACAAGAUGCCGAUCGAUAUCAUGGAAGACCAAGACUGGUCUUGCCCGCAUUGCAAGGGUAUCUGCUUUGCUGGCGCUUGCAGGCGUGAGGGCAAGAUGAAGCCAUACGAGCCGAAAGGCACUCUGCUUGGCCACGACACGAAGAAAGUCGCAGACGUGCGCAGCGUGGAGGCGCUUGUUGACUUUAGUGUCAGCAACCUUAAUUGGUUGAAGGACGAUGACCCAGUGGAUCGCACGCAGUCGAAGCGCUUUCAGAAGGCUCGUGCUGAAGCUGAAAAGAACAAGGAGAUCGAUCCAAGCAUGCAAGACGAGGACGACGAUCACAUCAAUGAGACGCAAGUUGAAAUGGAGUACUCGCCUGAUGACACGCCAAUCGACCCAGCUCUCGGCGGGCCCAUUCCAUCCAAUAGCCGCCGCCAUCAGCGCGAUAGCGAUACCCAGAUGAGUGGUGCUCUUCAGGAGUUCGACGAGGAGGACAUGGCUAGGAGGUUACAACAGGCUAAUUCGUCGUUGCCACCCCCGGCAGCCAUGGUGGCCGGUGCACCAGCUGGCCCCCAAGAUGGAUACGCGCCUUUGAACUCCGCCGGCUAUUCUGGCUAUGAUGUACCUGCUGCUCAGAUGUACCCAGACCCGGACGGCAACAACACCUAUCACUAUCUUGGGCAGCGCGAUGACGACAGCGCAGAACCAAAUGGAGAAGAACUGAGGCCUUUCAGAAAGCGGCAGAGAGAAGGCGACGAUGAAGAUGGCGACUUCGAGGACAUUGCCAUGUCCAAAGGCAAGAAAGCCAAGAAGCCUCGUCUUGCUGCUGCCGGCUUCCGCUCGUACGAUCUCGCCGAGUCUGCAGUUGGACCGAUGGCUAGCAAGGCCAAGAAUGAGGUCCAACGACAAUUUGAAAAGGAGAAGGAGCGCAAGGCGUUGGAGAAGGCGAAGUCAGAGGGGCGAUUCAUCAUGCUCCAAGCUGCCAUCAAGGGCAAGAAGCGUAUUGUGAGGCUGCCAGUGCCAGGUGCACGACUGGCCCAGGUAGUUGCUGUGCAAGCAGCCAAGGCUGCUCUGACAGCCGCUGGUGGUGAGGGAGAAGACGCUGAUGCUGAACACGAAGUAAUCGACGCCCCACUGCGGAACGGCGAUGAUGACGACCCCGCAGGCUCGCUACUCAAGAGUGAUGUUGCGCCAAAGAAGAACUCAUCGCGGAGCUACGAGGACCGAGUUCGUGAGGGUAAAGUUGUUAGCGGUGCGACCAAGAAGGCGCUCAUUCCCGUGGAGAAGGAUGACAGCUACAGCUACCGAGCGCGUGAGCGACUACCGAAUGGAAAGCGUGUCGUGCGCCACUCUCUGCCAGCAACAGCGGCAAGCUCCAAAGGCAAGCGGAGGCAAGCAGCCACUGAGUACGAGGAAGUGGACAUUGGAUCUGGCGAAGAAGACGACGAUUUUGAAGAGUCUGGCUUCGUCGCAAUUAGUGGUGCACGGGCUGGCUCGUCAAAGAACCGUCGCUCCCUUCCAGGUUACCUGCAAAAGCGACACGCAGGUGAUGACGCCGACCUACCAGACCAGCUUCCUGAUGACUUCCGAGAUGGCGACCCAGGCGAACGUCGUCGUCAACAAGCAAAAGCAAGCCAAAAUGCUGCCAACCAGCAACUUCAACAGGAAGCAAGCGCUGCUCAGACAUCGUCGGCGCCAGGCAGGGAGAAGAGUUCAGUCGGUGGGAAGCGCCCAAGCAUGCGUCUGGCCGCAGCGGAUCCUAUCACCAUCGAAGAUGAUGAUGACGAUGACGACGAUGAAGACGCAGAUGAUGCCUCGGAGAUGCUGAGCCAAGCUGCGAGUGGCGCGUUCGCUCAUAGCAACGGCACAACGCCAGCGAGCAAGGGCAAAGUUGGCCGUCCACGAGGUCGUCCUAGGAAGAAUCCCGAUGGGCCAACGCCGUCAAAAGUGUCUGCUGCUCAGGCUGCUGCCCAACAAGCGCAGCGCAUGAUGGAGGAAGAGAAUCGACUUGCGAAGCUCCAAGCUCUUGAAAUGCUGGACGACGCACCAUUUGGGAAUUCGUUUGGGGGCCCUCGUGCCGGUGGUAACAUCAGCAUGGCCGAUGACGAUCUCUUUGGCGAUGAGAAUAGCGACGAUGAUGAGAUCGAUGUCGUCCCUGCGAGAGCUGGCAUGGUCUGA